GUCGGGAGUGGGUGUGCGCCGCUUCCCCGAGGUUUUCGUCCCCUCUCCUUUCUGGGUGGGUUGGAAGGGACGAGCUCCUCCUAGCAACCCAGCCCGAAGGCAGAGAGGAAGGAGCGCCGGCCCGCUCCAGUUUGCCAGAGACGCGGCUACGUGCCUCUCCCCCUGUGGCGAAUGUCUAUUCUUACGGGUUCCUGUGGGAGGUUCCGUCCCGCCCCAUUUUUUUGCCCCGCGAGGGAGGCGCGCAGGGAGGCGAGGAGCAGCGGGCGCGCCCCCUUCCCGCACAAAGGGGCUUCUGCCAGCGCCAGCCUCGGCGUGAGGUGAAAAUGACCUUGCUCUGAACGCCAGCGGAGAGACAUCCCCCCCCCCGCGCGCGCAGUUUCGGAUGGAACCCCGGAAAGCGUCGGGCUCUCCGCGCCCCUUCCGAGGGAGCUGGAGUCCGUGAGGGAGGCGGCAGGCGUCAUGCCAUGGAGAGCCGAGGCGCCGCGGUGCUGGGCUUGGGGCAGCUGUUAGCUCCCUUCGGGGAGCACCAGCCGCAAGAGGAGGCUGCUUCGGUCCCGCCAUGGCGAGGUGGUGGCGGGGAGGAGGAGGAGGAGGAAGACGACGACGAGGACCAGGGAGAAGAGGAGGAGGAGGAGGAGGAGGAAGGGGGCACGACGACGACGACCAGCGGCAAAGCCGUAGGAGAAGCGCACCAGGCAGGAGCGAAAGGCGAGGAGGAGCUGCUCGAGUUGCGCCGCCGCCGCCGCGGCCGGUCCCUUUCGCUGCCGGCCAGCCCGUCCUUGGCCGCGGCGCGGCUCUUCUCCACGCAGCGGCGGAGCCAGGGAGCCGGCGAUGAAGCGGACGGCGACGACGAGGACGACGGUGCGUCCCGGGUGGGCGCCGGCGGGUGUUGCACCAAGUGCAAGAAGCGGGUGCAGUUCGCCGACUCGCUCGGCUUGUGCCUGGCCAGCGUCAAGCACUUCAGCGCCGCCGAGGAGCCGCAGGUGCCGCCCGCCGUCCUCUCCCGCCUGCAGAGCUUCCCCAUGCGCCAGAAAGACCUGGAGGAGUUCAGCGCCGCCCUGGCGGAGCUCGGUGCCUGCGCGCCCCUGCUCUCGGCCUUUCCUCGCUCGCUCCAGCAGCAGCAGCAACAGCGGGAAUCGCUGCCUCAGGCGCUCCAGCUGGUGGCGGGAAGGGCGCCCGACGCGGAGCGGCUGCGGUCGCAGCAAGUGUGCCUGGAGGAAGUGGCGGGGAUGGCGCUGGCAGGGGUGCCCACGGACGUGCGCGGCGUGGUGAGGGUCCUGAGCUGCCCCGGGCCCAAGGAGGUGACGGUGCGCUACACUUUCAACGAGUGGCUCUCCUUCCUGGACUCGCCCGCUAUACCGCUGCCGCCGCCGCUCCCCGAUGCAUAUGUCGCGGAUUCCUCCUGCCCCAUGGAGCGCUACCAGUUCUCCCUCUGCCUUCCUCCUGGGCUGCAAGAGGGCACGGCCGUGCAUUUCGCCAUCUGUUACCGCAACCAGCAAGGCGAAUAUUGGGAUAACAACGGCGGCGCCAACUAUACCCUUCGCGGAUGCAGCAGCCCUUAGAAACCCGCGCCUUCCCUGUAUUGAGGCCAAGGAGCUGAAGAGAUUUGGGACCGACCCUUUCUCAUUCUCUUGCCAGAGCCCUCAGCCUGUCCAGCACUCGAAGCUAAGCCAUCGGUACCUGCCUCGCCUUAUGUCUCUCCUGAUUGGAGCCCCACAGGGGUCUUGAGCACUCGGCCCCCUCCAUGCCAUUUUCCCUUUCAGAGCGCAAGCUUAGAAGCUGAUCAGGUCGCCACCAGUCCUGCCUUUGCACUUUAGUCCCGUUGCAGCCAGCCUAGCAAGCGAUGGGGUCCCUAGGCUGGGUCAAACCAGCAGCCAUGGAGGGCCCAAUAAGAAGAAAUUGUGAGGAUGAACAGCCUGGCCUGGAAAAAAAAAUUGCCCCUUGGCAGGCAUAGUGGAGCGUUCCAAAUAACUUGUGUGGUGUUCUCAAGUCUGUUCUCAUCCAGGCAUAAAGAAGGAUCACGUAAACCCUGUGGCUAGUGGGUAUAAUCUGCUGUGAAACGUGGAUUCAUAUUUUGGGAUGGAUAUGAGUACCUUUUUUCAUAUAUAGAAAGGAAGAGAAACUAUGCUUGCUUUUGCAAGAGGACCACAUUGCUGUAGUUUUGAAAGCUUGCAAUAACCACACACAGACAUACAAAAGACAAUUUUUGACUUGUGCCUUCCAUUAUUCCUGCUUUGAAAUCUGCAGGAAUGUAGCACAACUUGUAAAGAAUCUGAAAGAAUGCAGCACAUCUACAGAACAUUCUCUGGGAACUGGGAAAAUGUUUUAUGAAAAAUGCGAUUCUUUAUUCCUUGUCCCUCAAAUCAGAAUGUAGGCACUUUACACUAACAUAAACAGGACUGUGGUUAAUGUGAUUGCAGUGUGUAGGGAGAUGUGCUCAUUCUCAUUAUUGUAAUAGAGGUGAAGAGAGAUGUUGGGAAAUGGUCAGAUCAUAGAAGAAAUUGGUCAGGGCCUUGUAGAAAUGCAGGUAUUAAGCUAACUGUGUGUGCAUGUUGGUUUUGUUUGCACUGAGGAUUUUGGUUUCUGCUCUAGUUAUGUGAGACACGAUUUAUUUUAACUAAAGCAGCCCAUGAGUGUGAUUUCAGGAUUUGUAAAAGCUAUUUUGGUAUAUUCUGCAGAACUCACAUUGGGAUGAAAUAAUCAUAGAGAAAUGACCUGAACUCCUUGUGUAUAUGUAAUAUGCCAUAUGUGACAAGAUACAAAGAAUGGUAGGGCUCCGGACCUUGCAGUAUGCAUGUAUAAUGGAAAGGAUUCCAGCAGGUGUCAGUUUUUCUGUUGAAACUCAUUCUUCUGCACAACAGUUGCAAGUAUUGGUCUCCAGAUUAGGUCAUUACCUGUGCUGUCAUGUGGCUGACUGGACAGUUGUAGCUUACAGAAUUCAGCUUUUUCCUUUUUGCCGACUCCUGCAAAACUCUUAACACAUAUGCACACAGUCACAUACCAUGUAACAUUUUCCAAGAGCCUGCAAAAGUUUAUACCUGUAUGUGGAAAUUGCUUCAUGUAUUGAGUUGGCCACGAUUAAGGAAUAGCACAAGGAGGGGGUUCAAAAUAAAACAAAGGCUGUCAUGUCACCUGUUCUUUGUGUGUGCAAAUUGGGAGUGUAGUGUUUUAAGUUGCAAAAUCACUCAGUAUUCCUGAAUCUUCCCUUUUUGGUGUUCUUAUUUGACAUAUUGCGACACUAGCUGGCAGGGCAAGCUUUAUUCUACUACAGUACUUUAAAGUUCUCAUCACUUGGGAGUCUUAACGGGCUCUCCUUCACUCUGAAACCAAAAGCACUUUCAUAAAGCUGAGUGAUUGAUUAAAAUAGUUUUCACUUUAUGAUAAUCCAUAUUGUGCAGUUCUUAAUAAGAACAACCCUUGGGAAAUCAGCUGCUAAAACAGGAUCCUGAGGGAGUAAUUCAGAAGCUACUUGAUCAGAUCUCUCUGGGAUCCAUGAAUUAUAUCCUUAAAAGUCUGCCUUGCAGUCAUGUUAUACUGUAGCCGUUAUUUUCUGAAUGAUGACAAAAGAGUCCAGUGAUUUAUAAAGGAUAAACAGUUGAAUUUCUCUCUAAGGGAAAAGUUGUAAAGUCUUGUGCUUUCUUACAGCAUUCACUUUAUGAGACUUGGAAUGCUGGGUUGAUUCCUCUUUAGAAUUCUGAGAAAAUAACAUGAUGGCCCAUGGUGAAUGUUCUGUAGGUCAACAGCCAUGUAAAGGAAGAAGAUGCAAACACUGGAGUACAGUAACAAGUAUGACUGAUACAUUAGCAGUACAGUGUACAUUCUUUCCAUCUUAAGGAGGCCUGUGGGAUAUCUGGAUUGGUAUAGCUGUCUGAAAGGUGAAGAGAGAUAUGAGCGAGGAUAAAUGUUGCAGAGCUGUGUUUAGUAAUUUAUUUUUUGCAGUUGCAGCUUGCUGUGAUGGCCUAUUUUGUUAAAACUGCCUUGCAGUUUGCUACAACAGGGCCAGUUCUAUGGCAAGCAAAAUGGUGUUUGCAGUGAGGGACCACUUUAGGGUUAUAAACACCCAAACAUUUGAAGGUCUGUAAA